UGGCCUUUUAAGUAAACUUAGAGGCGUGAAAUACAGAAUCAUUACAACGUCAUUAGAGAUGGAACCUAUAAAAUUAUACGGUGUAUUUCUGAUUGUACUAACUAUAACAAUAAUAGUGAUGUAUAAAGACACAUCUCAAGGAACAGAAAUGUUCGUCACACCAUUAAAAUCCAGACCAAGUACCAAUAACGUAGAACUUCAGAAACAUAUACAUACGCUGCGGCUUGAACGCAAAAACCUGGAAUAUAGACUCAAACUAAACCAAGCUUGCACAGAUCAAAACACCCCACAGCAUACAAGGUUAGAUCCAGAGAAAAUACAAGACUCCGUUUGGGUGGAGAGAAAACAUUCUAUUCUCUACUGUGCAAUAACAAAAGUUGGAACAACAUUUUGGAAACGCACACUAACAGUCCUGGCUACAGGAGGUAAUAACAUACAUGUAUCUCCUUUUGAAUUAAGAUUAGGAGAUGUGAAACUAAAACAUUUCGAGACAUAUAGAAGUAGAAUGGAAAGAAAAGAGAUGGGGGAGUUUUUGAAAGGUGUAAAUUCCUUCAUAUUUGUACGAGAUCCAUAUAGCCGACUGUUUUCAGGUUAUGAACAUAAAUUAUAUAAUCCUAAUCUAUCUUUCUGGAGAUCACAUGGAAAGAAAGUUGUUACAACAAUAAGAAAAAAUCCGUCAAAAGAAAGUCUAACGUAUGGCCAUGAUGUAAAAUUUGCAGAAUUUGUAAAAUACAUUUUGAAUCAGAAAGACAAUAAUGAAACAAUUAAUACACAUUUUAAACCAAUGCAUGAGAAAUGUGACCCUUGUGGUCUUCCAUAUGACUAUAUUGGACAUCUAGAAACAUUUAAAGAAGACGCUGAGUAUCUUUUUGAUAAGUGGAGAAACACUUUCUCUGAUUUUAAUAUUAAUUUUGGUGACUUUGAAAAAGAAACUGUUUUAGAUACCGCUCGAAGUCUCGUAGGUAGGCUAUUUAAUUCAUGGAAAUCCUUAAAAGGCAAUUUUAAGUAUCCUUUUUAUAAUUUAGUACUAAGGGUGUGGAGUGACUUUCAGAUCAGAGGAUAUCUGUCGAAGGAUAUCCCUCUUCCUUUUAAGCAGAAAGAUGUUAAAACCUUGAAUGUAGAAAAGAUGAUGAGAGCUGUAUCUAAUGCUUUGGAAGUUAAAGUAAACAAAACUGCGGUUAAAUUACAGCGACAAGAAGCAUUACAACAGGCAUACAGAACAGUACCUCUUGAAGAUAUGGAAAGACUUCAUGAUUUUGUGCUCAAAGAUUGCCAAUUGUUUGGUUAUGAUGAUAGGCCAAAGGCUCUUUUUGACAGAAACAAUGUCGUAGAAAGUAAACAUUUAUACCUGGCAGGCAUUUAGAAUACGUAAGGAGUCACUAAAUAUAGUCAGCUCAUUAUCAAAGUUCUUUCAGACUUCAAAAUUUGAUUAUAUGGCAUUUUACAUGCUUUAAAAUCACUUUUUCCACACUGAUCCAUAUUCAAAGAUGACGAUACAAUGUAUCACUAUUUAGUAGUAUAUACAUGAUACAAAUACCUAUAAGUAACUAUUUGUUCUAUACAAUUAAUGUUUUGGUCCAGGAGCUUCUAAGCGACAUGUCUCGCAUCAUAUUGAUAUAAUCCGACACCUUCAGAUGCAUUUUGUAGAUUAUUAUAAUGAUAUCCGAUAUAUGAUGUAUUAUGUUUUAUGGUUUACAUUACAUGUAACAUAUGUUCGCAUAAUAAACUACUUGGUAGC